ACCAGAUCGGGUAAUAUAAUCGGUAGCCAACCGUCUCCUCCAGGCUCAAUGGCCGACGAACCACUCUAUCAUCCUUUCUAUACGCGUAUUCAACUCUCAGAAAUUUCCACUUGCGCCCAAAUUAACAGCAAUGCUUUUGCGGGGUUCCAGUCCCCUAUAUAUAUACCACAAUGGCCGGCAAAGGAGACAAGAUGCUCCAAUUCUAUCAUCCCAAUCACUCGGACCUACCAUACCUAGCCGAUCGCUAUAGUUAGCCGGGUGUGCAUCAGCCGCCCCCCCCCUUCCCUCAAGAUGGCACAACUCAAACCCUUAGAAGGAGGCUAUUACCUCUGGACAUACCUGCCUUCCAUUCCCGCGGCCGCGAUCUUCGCCGUUCUGUUUGGACUGGUGGCCUGUUAUCUGUUCUUCAAGCUCUUCCAAACUCGAGCAUGGUACAACAUCUCCUUCAGCAUCGGCGGUAUAUUCGAGAUCGUCGGCUACAUCGUGCGGAUCCUGAACUACUCCAACACGGCCUCGAUCGGCCUCUACGCGAUCCAAAGCGUGCUCAUCCUGCUGGGCCCCGUCCUGUUCGCCGCAACCGUCUACAUGACCCUCGGCCGCAUCAUCCGCAGUCUUCCCCAGCGACUCACGGCCGCCACCGAGCCCAAGGCCAAAAGUGUCUCGCUCAUCCCGCCCAAGCACCUCACCAAGCUGUUCGUCGCCAGUGACAUCCUCUCGUUCAUCGUGCAGGGGAGCGGCGUGGGGCUGAUGGUGCGGUCGACGGGCCAGACGACGGCCAAGGCGAUCACCGUGGUCGGCUUGCUGAUCCAGGUGAUCAUGUUCUCGUUCUUCAUCGUCGUGGCGCUGGUGUUCCACCGGCGGGUGAAGGCGCAGCAGCAGCACAGCCAGCAACAGAUCCGGCUGGGCCAGUACGGCCGCCCGUUGGAUCGCCUGAUGUAUAUGCUGUAUGCGGUCAGUGCGCUGAUUCUGGUCCGGUCGAUCUUUCGUGUCAUCGAGUACGCCAUGGGAAUGCAUGGGUAUAUUCUAACGCAUGAGUGGACGCUGUAUGUCUUUGACAGUGUCUUGAUGUGGUCCGUGAUGGUCAUUUGGGCCGUGGGGUUCCCCGGGAAACUUGUGGAGGAGAAGUCGGGGUAUGAAGUGGAGAUGGAUGAAGAAAGGAUAGUAUAGGCCUCCUGAGGUGCGGUGGUGCUAUUCUUAUGGGUAAUGAUCUGUUUCUUAGUUUCU